CUACCAGAUUUCAGUGAGGUACGAAGAAAGGAGUGAAAAUUAAGUGUUUUGUCUUCUUUAAAUGUAAAGUACAUACAAAUAUCAAAAUGUGGGGCAGUGCUGUAUGGGAUAAACAUCUAAUGCUGUCAUUCAUGUUCUUCCAGUCACAAGUUAUGGUUCAUGCAUUAAGGGACGUGAAAGUUACGGUUCCCUCCGCCGUGCGCAAGGGAGGCACGGCCACCCUCAGGUGUAGUUACGAUAUGGAAGGCGAUAGUUUAUACUCUGUUAAAUGGUACAAGGGACGCCGGGAGUUCUACCGAUAUACUCCAAAGGAAAAUCCAGCCAUGAAGAUAUUUAUAACGAGUGGAAUACAUGUUCAGCGUCACUUAUCAAACGAGAGCCAACUCACUUUGGCAUCGGUGCAAUCUUCAACGUCCGGAAAAUAUAGUUGUGAAGUUUCGGCAGAUGCACCAUCUUUUCAUACAUUGAUCGCAUCCGGUGAAUUGGAAGUUGUUGAAGUUCCAGAAGGCAAGCCCGUUAUCACCGGCAUCAAAUCCAGAUACCAAAUUGGUGAAGGUCUCCGAGCAAAUUGCACAUCUCGACACUCGAAACCAGCAGCCAAUUUAUCCUGGGCCAUUAAUGACCAACCUGCUAACCCACUGCAUGUGAAACAUCAUCGUGCGCUAGUGGAUCCGCGUAAUGACUAUCAAACUUCAAUUUCAGGAAUACAGUUCGUUGUGCUUCCGCAACAUUUUUCUAGGGGAAAACUAAAGCUCCGAUGUAUUGCUCACAUACACGAUAUUUUUUGGCAAUCGACUGAACGAAGCAUCGAAGAAGAACGACCUCGAGUUCAUAGCGUUGCAGCAAGCAGCAACAAUAUAAACAGUAUACCAAAUGGCCCAUAUGAUCAGUUUUCUUUACAAGAUGGCGAUCUGCCCAACAAAAAGGAUACAUACAUGACACACAUGCAGGGCGAUAUGUCCUCGUUAAAUGCCGGAAGUGCAUUUAUAUCAUCAUCUUUGAUACUGACGUUGUUCAUGCUGCAGCUCCAGCAAAUGUUCAUUUCACACCUAAGUAAGGUUUCCCAGAUAAGUACUUCAACGGCAGCCACUUCACGGAACACUGAAGCCAACGGACAACACAGGACGAGAACAACAGCAACUAGAACAAAAUCAUCAUCGGCUACAACAACAAGGAAGAGUAAAUGUUGCAAUAGUUGCAGGACUUCAGAUACAACUCAUGUCUUGGACUAUUCUCGCAGGACGAAUGAUACAAUUCCUGAUAGUUAUCAUUCACUCCUUCUGAAGAAACAACAACAUUGUUCCUACGUACGAAUGGGAGCAAGUGGCGCUACGGCGCUCUGCAUGGAUUUGACUAAUUCAUGACUUUAAAUAAUUCAUCAAAAUUUUUCUAGGUGGUACCAAAAAAACAAAGACGAGGAAAAUAAGAAAUAAGGAUUCCCCUCCUGCAGAGUGGCAUAAUGUGUAGUAGUUGAAAAUGAAGAGUAUUUUGUUUGUCUGCUGAGAAAUGUUUGUUUAUUGUUCCAUUUUUUGUUGUUUGAAGAGAAGAAAGGAUGAGAAGGCUCAGAGUUUGCACCUGCUGGCCAGUUUACUGGCGCUAACUCGAAAUUCGGUCGCCUUUUGUUAAAGCGCUUCUUUGUUUUGGGGCUGGCAUCUGAUUGCCUGCAAAUGCUCUUGCAUGACCUGCAGCAUGA